CGUCGAUUCCUCGGGCUGUUUCCAUUCAAGCAGUUGUCGCUAAACGCCAUCGCCGCGGCCGCCGUUACGUUCUCAUCGGCGUCGACUCUAAAACCUGCCAGUUUUACGUUGUUACAGCUACAGGUACAACUUGUACCUGCUAACAAUAAUACCAAACAGCUUCCGUGAGUCGAAAUCGGGUAUCUACAUCAGUGACAAAAAUCGACGCCAACAUCCUCGAAUCCGGUUAAGUGAGACAGACAAUCAGGCGAUUUGUAAACUAACUAUUACCUCAUCGAACGUUUGCGGUCUAGGCUGGACAAUCACUUGAAGUAGCUAGAUUGUAUGCGUUCUUGUUUUCAAUGAGGUAGCGCUUCGUUUAGGAAACAGCUUGUUGACCUGAAGCGCGACCUGGAACCAUUCGUCGCGCGACUAUAGCUCCAUAAGUAUAUACAUUACACAGAUACUCAGUGUGUGUCGAAAGAGCUAGAUCCUUCGAAUACAUCAAACUUUAAUGUCGGACUACUGAACAACGUCAAGCCGGGAUGAAGGUAUAUUUGCUGGUCCUCUGCGUUGCUGCAUUGGCUAUAGCGAUAAGACAGCCAGAUCCGCGUUUAGAUAAACCUUGGGAAGACUUCAAGGUCAAGUACAACAGGAGUUACGCCAAUGUUCACGAUGAGCUUAUGCGGAGAAUGAUCUUCGAACAAAGUUACAGAUUUAUUGCGAUGCACAACGCUGACCCAAAGCACUUCAACUUCACGCUCGGCAUGAAUCAGUUCGGCGAUCUGACAAACAAGGAGUACAAAAGGAUCUAUCUCGGGUACCGCGUACCCGAGGGAGCGCAGUCGAAAGCGGAUUACACGUUUAUCAGGAGCGGCGGCGGCGGCGGCAAGGAGGUGCCGGACAAGAUCGAUUGGCGCGACAAGGGAUACGUGACGGAUGUCAAGGACCAAGGCCAAUGUGGCUCAUGCUGGGCCUUCUCAGCUGUUGGUUCGCUGGAGGGACAGCACUUUAGGUCCACUGGAAAGUUAGUAUCUCUGUCUGAGCAGAACUUGGUCGAUUGUUCAACGCCGGAAGGUAACAAUGGGUGCAAUGGUGGCUGGAUGGAUAAGGCAUUUCAGUACGUUAAGGAGAAUAAAGGUAUCGAUACAGAGGCCGCUUAUCCGUACAUUUCUAGGCAAGGCAUAUGCCAUUACGAUGCCAAAUCGAUUGGUGCUACCAUUAAAGCUUACUUUAAUGUGCAACCUGGCGAUGAGGAAGCGCUUCGUCAAGUCGUGGGUACGAAGGGACCAGUCUCCGUUGCGAUCGAUGCAUCUUCGAAGCUAUUUCAAUUUUACCGCGGCGGUGUGUAUAACGUUCCCUGGUGCAGUUCCACCGAGCUCGAUCAUGGCGUUCUUGUUGUUGGCUAUGGGAGGCAGUUUCAGAGCAAGGAUUUUUGGUUGGUUAAGAACUCGUGGGGAAAAGACUGGGGCAUUUACGGUUAUAUCAUGAUGUCCCGUAACAAGAACAACCAAUGCGGUAUCGCAACGAUGGCUUCCAUGCCCAUUGUCUAAAUUGCCUGUGGAUAUAAUGUGACCAUUGGGUCGUGCAGUUAUGCUUCAGCUGUGCUGAGCAGAAGUGAAUUAGUACAAUCGACAACCCGCGCAAAAAAGUUCCGCAUUGCGAGAGCCGUGAAGGAUCGGGUGAUCCAGUACUCUUAAAUAGUUAUGUGAACCGAUUAUUUUCUCAAUAAAUGUACUCCACUAGUA